CCUUCUGACGGCAUGUCAACAGCGACCAGUUCACCGCAAACAGAUUUAAAUUCGUCAAUUUCGCGAGAUUUGCAAUUGAUUUCCUAUUCCGGUUCCAAUUAAAAAGUGUGCGAAAGUUCUGUGCCGCGAGUGUGAUUUUUGUGCUGUGUGUAGUGAAGUGAAUCGAGCAAAACGCGAAGUAAUAAUGUCGGCAGAACAUUUGCUUGAAACUCUAUUGACCAGUGAAGUGCAAGGAGAGUUCCAGGCAUGGUUUUUGGACUUUUUCAAGGACACGAAUCAAGGCUGCUCCAUCGAGGAAUUCUCGAUUUUCUUUCUUAACUUCGUACGUAGUCAAACAGAUGGAUUUCUUAAAGGCAAUUCAUCAUCGUCAGCGUGUAAUACUCCGCGAAAAUGGCCGGGAGCAGCAGGAGGCUGCCAAAACAGCGGUCAAUUGGAGGCAGUGCCAUCGGCUGGGGCAUCAUCAGCUCCAGCAUCAACGCCAGCAUCAGCACCAACGUCAUCAUCAUCAUCAUCAACAUGUUUAUUAUCAUUAUCGUCGGCGGUUGCAACACCAACAACGCAAACCACUUUAACAGUAACAUCGCGUACAGGCCAAGGUACCAGCGCUCCACGCCAUGGUGCACCGCGAAAUACAACAUCGACAACGCCAAAUUUAUUAUUGUCCGGAAAUGAUCAUACCAGUAAGCAUGAUGACAGCUUAUCAGAAAACUGCUUCUUCGACGACUCAUUCCUGUUGCGAUCAACUCCAGUACAAACCGGCUUCAAAAAGGACACCAGUAACUUACGAAAAAGCCUAAGCAGAGCGUUCGAUUCAGUGCAUGAAAUAAGUAAUGAAUUCAACAGCUCCCUAUUCGAAGCAUCGCUCAGCGGGGCAGCUGAUAGUCGACUCCAAAAAAGUGAUACCUCCACCCCAAUCCGUAGACCUAAUAAAAGCGGAUUUGAUACAAGCAAUGGAAGUAAUUCGAGUUUCGGGAGCGCUAACAAGAGCAGACCAUUCGACAGAUCUGCAACCAAAAAGAAUUCAGGAACGGCACUAUGUCUUGGCGACUUCAUGGUCACUCCAACACGACAGAAGCGACGAUCGAAUAAGGAUCAUCCGAGCUCAGAAAAUCGGAGUUCAUCGGAACCUGGUGGGAAAGGAGGAAGUUCACAGAAACCCAAACGUCGAGUUGUUCCCACUCUUGUUAGCACGUCAACCAAUAGUUUUACUAGUCCUGCUUUUCGCAGUGAGAAUAAUAUCCUUGAAAUAGCUAAAGAAGAAAUUCCUGUAGAUAAUCACAAGGGCAUCAUGGAGGAGCGACAAGUCCUCAAGUCGCAAAUGAAUGUUAUAGCAAAAGAGUUUACCAAUGAGCCGUUACCUUUGCCGCAAACAUUACAUAAGAUCCUCCAAGAGACGGUGACUCCAAAACGGAAAGUGACUAAGGCCAGGAUCAAUCUUAGUGACUUGAAGCACAAGUCCUUGUUAGACCGUUUCAUUCUAAUUCACUCAACACUUAUAGAUGCGAAUCUCACAAAUAACAUUCUUACGGAAUUUUCAUUCCUGAUAAACUUGGUGAAUGCAGAAAGCGACCCCCACUGCGAAUAUCCUUCUAUUGCACCCUCUGGCUCUUUGGAUUUAGAAGCGCAAAUAGAUCCUGUAUUAAUUAAUCAAAGUAGCAGUGAUUUAGGAAGUAAUAUAUAUUCUCUGCUGAGGAACGUGAAUAAUUGCAUAUAUUAUGCAUUGGGUGUCCUGCGCCAUCAAGGAUCUAAUUUAAUGUUGUUAGAUGUGACCACAUUAAAGGUGAUUCUGGACAAUGAACGCCUUGAACUCUAUGCCAAGGAAUUAAGAGAUAAUUUGGAGGCUGUGUGUGCAUACAAAAUUCGUUUGGAAACGAUAAAAUCCAGCCAUGAAGUAUCGUUUCGGAUAAGACAAGAUUUCAACAACGUUUUCUACCAACAGGAUAAUGAUACCAAGAACAAUUUUCCAUCCGAGAAGGAAUUCACAGCAUUCAAGCAGCAACGGGAUAUGUUCUAUGGAAUAUUAAAAACUUGGGAAUGCAAACAUUUGGAUCCCACAUGGAAGUUCUCCGUGAUGUUGGGCCCCAAGGUUCAUGCAUUGUUGAUGAUUCAGGAUAACCCGAUAAAUAUGGCACAUUUGGCGAAGCUAUUCAUUUCGCAGCUUAUUAUUUCAUCAAACUUUCCGCAUUCGCCCACGGAACUGGAGAUAUCGCUGCCGAAUGUCGAUUUAAAUAAAUUGACGAAACUGCGACAACGCCUCGUCACGCCCAGCCAUUUCAGCACGGACUAUCAAUUUCCCGGCAAUCAGGCAUUUUUUCGUGACUUCUUGCUGGCGUGCCGAAAGUCUUUACUUUUCAUCGAACAACUCAAAAUCGCUUUGGCAGCUCAAUUAAUUGAGAUGAAUGAUUCGUCCUAUGAAAUAUUGAAUUUAUCAUCGAAGGAUCCUCAUGGAAGGGAGUACAAUGAAUAUGUGGUUCGUCCCGAGACUCUAGCCACCAUGCGGACACUGAGUAAGUUCCUCGGUUUGGCUGAAACUCUACCGUACACAUAUGAGGGUGCCCACAAUUCCCAGGUUGAUGAUCGACAAAUUCAACUACGGAACAUGGUCCAGCCAUUGUUUGAUAUAAUGGCCAUUCUCAGAAAGUCCAUUACCGAGAGGAAAUUAAUCAUCACGAUUCCCUGGAUUGUGCAAUACCUCUCAAUGCUCGACUAUGUUACCCUGAGGCUCGCUUACUAUCGUCGAGUAGUUCAGCUGCUCUACGAGUUAUACAUGAAUCUCACAUCGAACGUUCAGCAAUCUAUUGGAGUCCUUCACAUGCGUCCGACGUCCGUUUUUAUCAUUCGAACAUCAUUGGGGUGGCUUUUUGAUAAUCCCCAUUUACCUGAGGACUACUACAAGUAUCGGCAGAAUCGACGCUUUUUGUUCGAUUUCAUGAACUUUGAAGUUCAGGAGAUAGCCAGCGGCACAGACAUAGCUAACAUCACAGAGCAUCACCCAAAUCCAAUCCCACUUGCAGUUACAUCAUACCAACAUGGCCAACAGCAGCAACAACAACUGAAUGCAUUGCAAUCCUUGCAACACCCACACGAAGGCUUCAGCUCCGAAUCCUUGUUUGAUCCUUUACUGGAAAACAUCCUUAAUGUAGUUUGUUCGUUUCUCGCAGAUUUUCGGGUCUCGAUUAUGCCCACUAAAUUCUCCAAAAGUCUAUCACGUACCGGCCGCUAUCGACAUAUAACAACAAAAAUCUCUGAAGCCUCAACAACGGGUCACGAAUAUGUGAUGGCGGACGAUACGCAAACAAAACUAUCGGAGGCUUUUUUGCAUUCGCAAAGCCUGUCGGUGCGUAAAAUUGUUGAAUUCGUUAUCGAGCGCACAACGUCGGCCGUUAUCAAGGAUUUCCAAAUUGAAAUUCUAAUACCGUCCAAGGCGAAUGCAAUGGUUCAAGUUGCUGGAAUUGAUUCAGUCGAAUUGAAACAAGUCUCAAACGAAAUGUACAAGAUUUUUUCCCACACUCAUCAAAAAGCAAUGCAAUCAUGGGAUGAGAGGAUUCCAAAAAUGAUUGAGACAAGAGUGAAGCAAGCGCUAGACGCCCUCCUCCCCAAAGAGACGCUCGACGCCAUCAAACGAACAUGCACAGCAUUAGUCAUACAGAAAUGCAAAUCAAAAACUGAAGAUUGGCGUCUGUCCAAUCUGCAAAAUAUCGACUUCUAUUCCAAGGAUAUUACAGCCGACGCUGAGAAGAUACUUAAAAAUGCUACCUCCAAGCAACAAACCUCAACAAUAUUAAAAAUAAACAUUUUCCAACCGGCACCAUCGAAACUUUUCGAAAAGCUCCAGUAUAUUUUGCAUUUUUCAAUAACACAACCUCUCGUACUUAAUGCCGAUGAAAUAAUCGAAUUUUGCGGGAUUUUCCGUAAAUGUUUAAUAGGACAGACGUUGCCGACAUCCAUGAAUAGGCUGGCGGGAGUUAUGACGGUGAAUUUAGUACAAAAUUUAAUUCAAAAUCGUUGUGAUAUUAUAAGUGAUAAAUUGAUAGACAGUUUUAUUUGUAUUUGGGCUUGUGAUGCUCUUAAGGAAUUUGUUGAUGUCUCGAUGUGUAACUUAGAUGAAAACGAAGGAAACAAUAUAGAUUAUAUCUUCAGUGGGCUAUUGACCAGGUUCAAUAUCCACAUGUUAGGGAACAACAUGAACUCGUUUUCCAGCCUUAGUCAAUUGCUGGAAGCUCUAGUGAAUGCAAACCUAAUGACUAUCGAUUACUUGAAUGGAAGGAUUCUCACAUUACUCAAGGCAGAAUGGCCCCAGGGCGUGAAUAAAGCAAUAUCAACUAUGCUGGAGAACAUCGCUCAAAAAACGCCUAGUGCUAGUACGGAAUCAGGAGAAAAGUCCCAAUUAUUUAUGGAAAUGUUAGCCGAUUUAACCAGAGACUUGGAUGAGUUUUAACGUGAACACAAUCACCAUCGCUUCAUAUUUAAGUUUUCUAUUAUAUUUUCUUUAUCUUUGCUUUUUUAACUUAUCUACGUAAGAUAUGUGCUCCCAUUUUUUUUUUGUAUUUCGCAGUGUGUUUUCUUAUUAAUGUAGAAAAUAAGUUGAUAAUGUUUUCAAUAUAUUUUAUAUUUUGACAUAA